AUGGACAAAGGAAAAGGAAAGGAAUUUAUCAUUGAUUUGAACGAUGAAGACUUUGAUUACCAAUAUGAUAGCAUUGUUAAAACUGAGUCCGAUGAAGAGGCCAUUCUAGUUUCGGACAAGAUUUUUAAUGAUUUAACUGUUGAAGAUGUAUGGAAUAUGGAGUUUAGCUUAGUAGAGGAGGCAGAAGAAUUUUAUAAUUUAUUUGCUAAAGUUACCGGAUUCAGUGUUAGAAAGGAUGAUGUGAAACGAGAUAAAAAUCAAAAUAUAGUAUCUCAUAAAGCUCAAUUGAAUGCAAUGCGAGGUGUUGGCAUGGGAACUAGCCAAAUUAUGGAUUACAUGGUGCAACAAUCAGGUGGAUAUAACAAUGUUGGCUUCACAAAAAAAGAUCUAUAUAACCAUGUUGAUGCUGAUCGUAGAGUUCAUCUAAGAGAUGGUGAUGCAGAGGGUGCUUUGGCUUAUUUGUGUGGAAAGUCUGAAAUGGAUCCAUCAUUUUAUUACAAGUACAAUGUUAAUGAAGACAACCAUCUAGCAAACCUGUUUUGGGCAAAUUCUACUAGUAAAUUGGAUUACGGUUGUUUUGGAGAUGUGUUAGCAUUUGAUACAACUUAUCGGACUAAUGCUUAUAAAAAACCGUUGAUGAGAGUGUUAGCACUUAUACUUGGGUCUUGGAGACUUUUUUUGGAUGCAAUGAAUAACAAGAAGCCUCUUUCUGUUAUUACUGAUGGGGAUAAAGCAAUGCGUAAAGCCAUUAAGAGGAUAUUUCCAGACUCUUGUCAUCGAUUAUGUGCUUGGCAUAUUCAACGCAAUGCAUUCACUAAUGUCCAUGUCAAAGAUUUUACUAAUCAUUUUUCUAAGUGCAUGUUCAUGGAAGGCACCGUUGAAGAAUUUGAAUGUGCAUGGAAUGACAUGUUGGAAAUGUUUAAUCUUCAUGGACAUAAGUGGGUGACAGAUAUAUAUGCUAAGCGUUCUAGAUGGGUAGAGGCUUAUUUAAGGGGGCAUUUCUUUGCUACUAUGAAAAACACACAAAGGUGUGAGAGCAUGAAUGCAUACUUGAAUCGUUUCCUUAAAACUCAUUUGAAGCUGUUUGAGUUUGUCAAGCAUUUUGAUAGAGCACUCUCACGUAUUCGUCAUAAUGAGGCAAAGGCAAAGUUUGAGACACACCAUUCUUCAGCUGUUCUAACAACCAAACUCUAUGCACUUGAGAAAUAUGCAGGGAUUGUUUUCACAAGGCAAUCUUUUCUAAAAUUUAGGGAUGAGAUGAAGAAUGCAGAAUUGUUUUUCCCUGUCAGUACAGAAAAUCAUGGAGGUUAUCGUGUCCAUACAUUGACCAAGUUUAGAAGCCCUGACAAGAUUUGGAAAGUAUGUUAUGGUAAUAGUGAUCGGUCUAUGAAAUGUACUUGUAUGAUGUUUGAGUCAGUUGGUUUUCCAUGUCCCCACAUGAUUGUUGUAAUGAAGAUAGAACACCUUGAAGAAAUACCUGAGACUUGUAUUAUGAAAAGGUAG